UGGUUGUCUCUUACUUGCAGUGCGGCAUUGAAUGUGCAGCUGACUGACGAGGGCUUCCCAGAAUCAGACUUCAAGGUCAAACACGGAAUGCCAACAGUGAACUGGGCCAGAAUCGCUCCUGGCACUAAUGUGACCCACUCCAUUGUCCUGACACCGCUGAAGUCUGGCAAGUUCAACUUCACUGCUGCUGAGCUGUCCUAUGUGCCCUCAGAAGGUGCCCAGCCGCAGAUCGGCUACACCAGCGGGCCUGGAGAGGGCGGAAUCAUGCCGGAGAGGGACUAUGACAGAAAAUUCUCUCCUCACAUUCUUGACUGGGCUGCGUUUGCUGUGAUGACCCUCCCCUCCAUCGGUAUCCCCCUGAUGCUCUGGUAUAGCAGUAACCGCAAGUACCGCAUCUCCAGCAAGGCCAAGAAGCACUGACACCAGCACUCCCCCUCUCCCACCUGGUUUUAGCACACAGCUAUUCAUUUCAAUAAAGAUCGUUUGGUACAA